AUGCCCGUGUUCUGCGGCCACCACUUAGAAGCAUCGUACAAGGUUCUUCUUGUUGCACUCGACCGUGUUUUCCGAUUCACGGCGCAGGACAUCAAGACCGUCAACGACGGCUUCAACGAUGUGGUUUCAACAGCUGCCCAAAAGGUCAACGCUUCAGACUGGAUGGACGAUGAGAGCAAGGCGCAAUUAACCGAGAAGAUCUUUGCUGUGAAGAAGUCACUCUGGCCCCCCGACGCUGUCGUGAAGGCUGACUUGCUCGAGCAGUUGUAUGGUGGGUUCCCCGAAAAUGCUACGAGUUUCGCUGCAUACUGGAUGGCGACGAAACAGGCCGCCAAGGGGUUGGUGAACGUGACUGGUCAAUACGAGGAGGCGAUGAGUCUGCCUAGGAACGGUAUGCCUGGCUACCUUGUAUACAGUUACGUCUCUAACACCAUGGAACUGGCAACUGCUGCCAUCGCGGCACCCAUGUACUAUCCGAACGGGACGAAGGCUAUGCUGUACGGUGGUCUCCUGUUCCUCAUAUCGACUUAUUUGGUUCGUGCAUUCGACAGAGAAGGCGUGAGGUGGAUGCCCAACGGAACAGAGGUCGGGAACAUCUUGUCCAAUGCGAGCCUUUUCGAAUAUCACAACAGAGAGCGAUGCCUGGAAGGCGAUAUAGAGCACAGCGUCUUCCCCGAAGUGCCUGCUGCCGACAUUGCCUACACCGCCAUGAAGAAGUCCCACGCUCGAGGCGGCAGCGUGCCCCUGGCUCUGCGUGCUGACCUCUCGGAGGACAAGGUCUUCUUCAUUACGUUGUGUUAUAUUUCGUGCGGCAUAUCUGGUGAAACGAGCUCGCGUAAGUUCGACUGUAACAAGUUGGCGAGGAAUUCCCGAGCGUUUGCUAAAGCUUUUCGCUGCCCUCUACGAUCCAAGCUGAACCCCGCCAAGAAAUGCCACUUUUUCAGGGAUGAAGACGUGGAUUAG